UUAUGUAGGCUAAAUCACUAGCUGGUGUGCCAUGUUAAGAAGGCUAACUUAAUGAUCUUCUUAAAUGGCCAAAGAAAACCCCAUUGUAGUAGCUUAUUUGUAAAGUUCUAUAUAUUUAUGAUCUUUAAAAUGAAGCAAAGUUCAUAUCAGACAACAAUUCACCUUUACACAUAAAAAAUAACCUCUAGCUUGCAUGACUGAGGAGGAUGUUCAUUUAAAACCCUUUAUCUAAGGCCUCGAUAGUCGACAAGCAACUUUCAAAUAUUUUAAAUUGCAUUGCAUCACUGCAGAAUGUAGCAUAGGAGUCAAGUUAUUUCCCAUGCAUACAGGCUUUUUUAUUUAAAGUAUGUCUGCACUGGUAAUUCGUUUUUUUUUUACUUUAUAAGCUUUAUAAGUGUAAUUCUUGCCUAAAUGUAAAGUGCUAUGAAUGGCCUGCUAUUUGCAGUAUGCUCUAUUACAAGCUUGCCUUUCCAAGAAUUUCGUUAAUAUUUAGACGUAAAUUCUAUAGUUUGUGAAUGCUCAAAUGCUAUAAUUUUAUGAUUUUAACACAGAAGGAAUCCAAAAUCCAACGUUGGACAUGGAACCCACAGAAAAUACUGCACUCAAAGAACAUGAUGGUCCAAAAAGUUCUUCGCCGGGGAGGAUGUCGCGGACACAGUUAUUUACAUUAAUAUCCAUUGGUUCUGUAAACUUUGGCUCAAUGAUUUGCUAUUCAAUACUUGGCCCAUUCUUUCCCAACCUGGCGUUACAGAAGGGAGCCAGCCAGACAGUCAUUGGUCUAAUAUUUGGCUGCUAUGCGCUAUGCAACUUUGUUGGUUCACUGCUAAUGGGAAAAUAUAUUGUCCAGAUUGGUGCAAAGUUCAUGCUGGUGUCAGGCCUGUUUGUGUCAGGUGGAUGCACUAUCAUGUUUGGAUUCCUUGACAGAGCUCCCUCGGGGACGGUGUUCAUCGCUCUCUGCUUCAUUGUGCGGAGCAUCGACGCCAUUGGCUUCGCUGCUGCCGCAACCUCUUCUGUCGCAUUGGCAUCUAAAGUCUUUCCAAACAAUGUAGCGACUGUCUUGGGUAGUUUGGAGAUGUUCACCGGACUGGGUCUCAUUCUGGGGCCUCCUUUAGGAGGCUGGCUGUACCAGGCUUACGGAUAUGAGCUUCCCUUCCUUGUUCUGGGCUGUAUCCUACUGCUGAUGGUUCCAUUCAACAUCAUCGUCUUGCCCAGCUGCACUGCGGAGCCCUCUGAGAAUUCCUUUUUGCAAUUGCUGAAAGUCCCCAAAGUAUUGCUCAUCUGCUUCUUCAUGUUCAGCUUAAGCUCAGGCCUGGGCUUCCUGGACACUACCUUGUCCCUGUUCGCGAUUGAGAAGUUCGGUCUUACCCCGGGCUAUGUGGGCCUCCUCUUCCUGGGGUUCUCCUUACCUUACGCUUUAAUAGCGCCUGCCCUCGGUUUCUUUGCUGAUAAAUAUCCUGCAACAAGAAGUUGGUUCAUGAUUCUCGGUGGCCUUCUCACUGGGCUCGGCUUCUGUUUGCUUGGUCCAGCACCGUUUCUCCACAUUACCAGCCAGCUGUGGUUGUUGAUCUUCAUGCUGUGUGUGAUUGGCUUUGGUUUGGGCGCAGGUUUCAUGCCCUGCUUACCAGAGAUCAUUUCAGCAGCCUAUGAACAGGGCUUCGAAGAUGGACUUGGCACUCUGGGAAUGGUGUCUGGACUCUUUGGGGCCUGUUGGUCCAUGGGGAUAUUCUAUGGACCCAUGAUGGGUGGCUUCCUCACCCAGCAGCUAACCUUUGUGUGGGCGGCAACCAUCCAAGGAGGGCUUUCAGGUUUGGCUACCACGCUACUUGGGAUUUUUUAUCUCUAUGCAAGUUUCAAGAAGCACAGUGUUGCACAGGUAUCUGUAAACGAUAGUCCAGGAGACAGAGACAGGCUUCUGGCCUAGCCAACAGCUGAAGAAGACUUUGAUGGGGUGUUAGAAGCCUGACUGGAUAGGCCAGACCUUUUGGUUCCAACCUGCGGUGACCUCCACAACCUACCGGUCCAACAACACCCACUGCCGUCUAAGCUUCAGAUAGUAGUCGUGGUUUCGUAUCGGACCCUAACUUGUUCAUUGUGGCUUUAGACCAGCUGCUGACAUUUAUCCGGCCUGUGUGAGCAGUCACAUACCAGAUUAGAACUAAGAUGUCUUACAAAGUUCGCCACAAAUUUGUUUUUGUUUUGAACCCCAUGAUUUUGAUUGCCUGUCUGAAUGGCACAACGACUUGCGGAAGGGAUGGUGAAUGGCUUACACUGAUUAUUUCAUACAUAGUGUGUGUAUAAUGGCCUGCGCUAAUGAAAACACCUGACCCCACCCUGACACUAGUCUGGCAGAGCCCGCCUGGUGACGUGGUGCUACACUCCUGACCCAACCCUGACGCUCAAACAGAGCUCAUCAUGGGAACAUGCCAGGCUACCAUGGACCAUGCUGUGAUGUAGUUAAAGAUUUAGCAAUCAGCUUUUUCACAUGUUUCCAACACUUUAAUAACUACUGUACCUGAAUAAGGUGAAAUGAAUGUAAUCUGAAGUAGCAGUGACCUUAACAAAUAAACGACUGGAGUCA